GGAAAAUCAGUACUAACUUCAAACUCACAUGAGAAGCUCGAAAUAUUUAACAAAAAAAACGAACUGAAAUGGCCGAAAGACCGAAACGCCCACUUUCCUCCUACAUGCUGUGGCUCAGCAGUAUCCGUGAGUCCAUAAAAGAAGAUAACCCCGGGAUCAAAGUAACCGAGGUGACUAGGAAGGCAGGUGAAUUAUGGCGUUCAAUGACGGACAAGUCGGAGUGGGAGGCCAAGGCUGCCAAGGCCAAGGAGGACUACGUUUGCGCCAUGAGGGAGUACAAGGCCAAUGGUGGCAGCACUGAUGGUCAGCAGAUGCGCACUAGACGUUCGAAAAUAAGCGUCAUUAAAAAGCAGAAAGAACAAGUCUCACGCAGAUAGGGAUAAUGUAACAAUUAAGAAGUAAACGAACGAGUAGGCGUAGCACCACCAUCUUCAGUGACACGCACAGUAUACUCACAAAAAACACUAACAUCAAAAAGCUUCAAGCAAAUAUACAAUGUAAAAUACAAUCAAUGUUUUCCCAAUGUUGUAAGCGAUAAUAUAUUUCCAUUCAAUAAAAGC